GACGGAGAGGAGCUCAGCCAUCGGAUCCUCCCGUCUCCGGUGGUUCAUGUCCGAGGACUCUGCGACGCCGUGGUGGAGGCCGACCUGGUGGAGGCGCUGCACACGUUCGGCAACAUCUGCUACGUCAUGAUGAUGCCGUUUAAGCGCCAGGCCCUGGUGGAGUUUGACAGCGUGGAGAGUGCGGAGCGCUGCGUGUCGGGUGGAGCUCUGCAGGCGGUGUUCAUAGCGGAGCAGCAAGCCUUCUUCAACUUCUCCACCAGCCAGAGAAUCACUAGACCGACCAACGCCGACGACCCAACCAGCGGCAACAAGGUUCUGCUGCUGUCCGUCCAAAACCCGCUCUACCCCAUCACCACCGAUGUUCUCUACACCGUCUGUAACCCCGUCGCUAACGUGCUGCGCAUCGUGAUCUUCAAACGCAGCGGCAUCCAGGCCAUGGUGGAGUUCGAGUCGGUCGGCGACGCUCAGAAGGCCAAACUGUCUCUGAAUGGAGCCGACAUCUACGCCGGCUGCUGCACGCUGAAGAUAGAAUACGCUCGGCCCAACAAACUGAACGUCGUCCGCAACGACAACACCAGCUGGGAUUACACCAAACCUCUCCACCUGCACCGAGAGCGGGGGAAGGGGAGGCAGCGUCAGGCCAUCCUCGGAGAUCAUCCAUCCAACGGCUACGGCCCACAGCGCCCCCUGCUGCCUCUGCCGGGUAACAGCAGGUACAGGAGGAGCAGCCAGGAGGUGCAGGACGUCGUCUGCUACCCGCUGCUCCCUCACAACACCUCCUCCUCCUGCUCCUCCUCCUCCUCCAUCACCUCCUCCUCCUCCUCUCUCCUGGGCCUCGCCGCCUCCAGCUCCGUUGCCAUGGUGAGCAGCCUGCAUCCCGUCCAGAUGAACUGCAGCCGCAUCUUCAAUCUCUUCUGUCUCUAUGGCAACGUGGAGAAGGUGAAGUUCAUGAAGAGCGUCCCCGGCACGGCUCUGGUGGAGAUGGGAGACGAGUACUCGGUGGAUCGAGCCGUGACUCACCUCAACGGAGUCAGAGUGUUCGACAAGAAGCUCAACGUGUGCGUGUCGAAGCAGCGGUCGGUGAUUCCCAGCCAGGAGUUCGAGCUGGCCGACGGCAGCAGCAGCUAUCAGGACUUCAGUCUGACCAGAAACAACCGAUUCAGCGGCGCUCAGAGCGGCAGGAACAUCAUCCAGCCCCCCGCCGCCGUGCUGCACUUCUACAACGGCCCCCCCACCCUCAGCCGGGACCAGCUGCAUGAGCUCUGUACUGAACACAACGUUCCCGCCUUCACCAAGUUUAAGAUCUUUGAUGCCAAACCCAGCUCUAAGACUCUGUCGGGUCUGUUGGAGUUCGACAGUAAGACUGAAGCCGUGGAGACUCUGACCGUCCUCAACCAUCAUCAGAUCAGGAUACCCAACAGCUCCAACCCUUUUACUCUGAAGCUCUGUUUCUCUACUUCCUCUCACCUGUGACCUGGAAGCAGCUCACAGGAAGUCAGCUCUCUACUUCCUCUCACCUGUGACCUGGAAGCAGCUCACAGGAAGUCAGCUCUCUACUUCCUCUCACCUGUGACCUGGAAGCAGUUCACAGGAAGUCAGCUCUCUACUUCCUCUCACCUGUGACCUGGAAGCAGCUCACAGGAAGUC